AUGGCUGCGUACCCUCUGGUCCGUCUCGUGUUUGUGGACAGAUUUGCUCCUCCCAAGCGGCCCAUCACCCUCUCCCCCAUCGCCCCCUCUCUCGCUGUUUUCCAACCCCUCUCUCCUUCUCCCUUCCACCCCUUCCCUCUUUCCCACAACCCCCCACCCACUAGGUACAUUCGAGGCAUGGGCUUUGACGCGCUGCUGAUCGGCCCGGUAACAGUCAACAGCCCCUAUGGCUAUCACGGCUACUGGCCUCGCGGCUUUGCCAUGCCACAUGCCAGAGCAGAGGGGAAGGAAGGAAAUCCGGAGACGGCCAUCAACCCUCAUCUCGGUACUCCCGAGGAUGCGGCUCAUGCCAUGGGCUUUCUGGUCAUGAUCGAUGUGGUUCUCAACCACGUGGGCUGUCCUCAGGGUGGGGGGCCGUGUGACACGUGGCAGGAGGGGAUUCGCCCACCUCCAUGGCUCAACGACAGAUAUGCUCCCUUCAAUGAGAGCGCCUCCUUCCAUCCGCCCUGUGAGGUGGACUUUAGCCAAUACGAUGCCGACAACUGGCAGCGCUGCUGGCUCGCCAGCCUCCCAGACUUCAACCAAUCAAAUCCCACCGUGGCUGCAGCACUCGUGAGGUCCACUGCCUAUCUCGUGCACACGUUCUCAUUCGACGCCAUACGAGUCGAUGCAGCACACCACAUGCCUCCCGAGUUCGUCCGCUCCCUCGCCUCCCACCUUGGAGUGCCAGCCUUUGCAGAGCUCUCCAUCCCCUUGCUGCCGCUCCCACACCGCCUGCUGGCAGGGAGAGCAUACACGAACCACGCUACAGCCGAGCUACAGCAGGCGCUACAGCUAGCCAUGGUGAGGGUGUUCACAGGGGGCAACACAGGCAGUGAUGGUUUCACACACAGCCCUGCUGCUGGCUACUCUGUCCCUGCUUCUCCUGCUGCCUCCUCCGCCCCUGCUUUCCCAGCCUUCCCUACUGCUGCUUCUUCUGCUGGUGCAACUGCUGCCACCGUUGCGGCUGCUGAUGCAGGUGCUGCAACUGCUGCUACUGUUGCGGCUGCUGCUAAAGCUGCUGGUGAUGCAGCUGGUGCCGCUUCUGGCUCCCCUGCUGCUGCUGGGAGGGCAGCAUCUGCAGAAGCAGCGUCCAUGGUUGAGUUUGCGAGGGCCAUGACUGCCGUGUUUGAGGGCGCUGGGAACGCGGACUUUCAGGGAAGCUUCCUCGACAACCAUGACUCGCCCCGCUUGCUGGGCUUGCUGCAAGGAGACCAGCAGGUGCUGCGGAAUGCGCUGGUGCUGCUGCUCACCUCCAGAGGCAUCGCGCUCGUCUACUCGGGCACCGAGCAGGCCUUCAUGGGAGGGCCUGACCCGCAGAACCGCGAGUCCCUCUGGCCCUUCCUCAACACACACCACCCUCUCUACGGCUUCCUCGCUGCUGUGAUCCGCUUCCGGCAAAAGGUAACUUAA